GAGAGAGAACAUGUUGGAUGCAACAAGGUUCGCUAAUAUUUUUGCUACAUGCUAAAUCCAAACUAUGGUCCGUAUCACCACUUUGUUUUUUUUUUCUCUCAUGUACUAAGAUUCCUUUAGUAGGAUUAUUUUUUGUUUUUUGGUUUCAAGUUUUCAAACGUUUGUGAUUUCUUUUAAUACUCCCAAACAAGUUCCUUAAACCUCAUAAUGAUCGAGACAACAUGGGAAGACAAUUCAUGGAUGAUGGAUAAUGUUCUUGGUCUUAUCAAAAUACGUAUCAAACGAGGAAUUAAUCUUGCCAUUCGUGACUCUAUUUCCAGCGACCCUUAUGUUAUUGUGAACAUGGGUGAACAGUUGCAAAAGCUGAAGACUAGUGUUGUGAAAAACAAUUGCAACCCUGAGUGGAAUGAAGAACUAACCCUUUCAAUAAAGGAUGUUCAUACUCCAAUACAUCUACAAGUUUUUGACAAAGACACAUUCUCUAUCGAUGACAAAAUAGGUGAUGCGGAGAUAGAUUUGAAACCAUAUGCUAAUGCUGUACAAAUGAAAUUGGAUGAUACUGUUUCAGAUGGUUGUGUAAUCAAGAGGAUUCAAGCAAAUAGGACUAAUUGUCUUGCUGAAGAGAGUAGCUGUAUUUGGAAAGAUGGGAAAGUAAUCCAAGAAAUGGUUCUAAGAUUGAGAAAUGUUGAGAGUGGUGAAUUGGUUGUGGACAUUCAAUGGGUGGAUAUUCCUGGUAGUAGAGGUCUAUUAGGGGGACAAAGUUAAAUCGUACCCAUUUUAAUAACAAUGAAUAUUAUGUUAGUUUGAUACAUGAAUUAAACUAUGUCAAAAAUUCAUAAAGAAAUUUUAUCUUAUGUAAAGUAUCAAGACUUUAUGUACACCAGCUCGAGUGUUAUAUGAUGAUAAAAUGUUGUG